CAAUCGCAGCGCAGAAUCACCGAGCAACUGCUUGCAAACACGGAACUCUAUCCGGAAAAGAAGCCAGUUACAUUUUUUUAAAAGUCUGCUUUUUAAGACUUGUAAAAGUCGAAGAACAUACAUUAUAGUCUCCAUACCUAACAUAUGUAUUUUUUUAUUUUAAAUCCUUUUUAUGGAUUUGCUGUAUCUUUUAUCAUGGGCGUGCAUCGUGUUCACACUCGGGAUGUUCUCGACUGGUCUGGUCGAUCUAAAGAAAAUGCAAACAUCCAAGAGCACGGACAACAUUCAAUUUCUGCCUUUCCUCACCACAUGUGCCAAUAACCUCGGAUGGUUAUAUUAUGGGAUGCUGAAGACAGAUCAGACACUUAUUGUGGUCAAUCUCAUCGGGGCUUUACUGCAGGCCCUCUACAUCGUGGUUUACUUCAAGUACACAAAACAAAAGAGAAAGAUCCUAUUCCAAAUAGUUGCCAUCGGAGCAGUGGUGACCAGCGCCGGGGUGUACUUCAUGUUGUUUCUUCCUCCAGGUGACAUUCAGCUCAACCAGCUGGGACUCGUUUGCAGCAUGGCCACUGUGGGCGUGUACAUGUCCCCGCUCGCGGACCUGAUGGCCAUCGUGCAAAGUGGCAACGUGCAGUGCUUGUCCUUCCCUCUGACGGUGGCCACUUUCCUCACUUCCACUUCCUGGUUCUUCUACGGCCUCCAGCUGAAUGACUACUACAUCCUGGUUCCGAACCUUCCCGGAAUCCUCACUAGCGUCAUCAGAUUUUACUUGUUUUGGAGAUUUGCCCACAUCAGCCCUCCCUAUAAGUCCAUGCAGAUAUAACCACGAUAUGCACAGUAAUGGACGUUGCACCAAGAGAAAGCGGCGCCCGCCGCGCGACAGGUUGGCAAUAAUGUCUACAUUCCACAAACGUAUCCGAAAAGUAUACAAAGAGUGUUUGAUUUUCAAGGAUGUAUUCAAAAAUUAUUUUGGGGAAGAAAAAAAUGUUUAAUUUGUCCCCUUCAAGUGCCUUGUGAUGGAAUCCGAGUGAGUAUUCAGGGACAUGCUGAAGAGAAAGAUAGUAAACAGAAAAGAAAUCAAAAAAGUCGUUUUUUAAGGGGAAAAAUAUGGUAUCGUAUUCAUGGCAAUAAGAUAAAUAUGUUGAGAGAAAAGUCGCAUUCUGAUGAGAAUAUAUUACGAGAAUAGAGUCGGAAUGCUUUUCAGAAUAUUUUUCAAAGAAGUUGGAAUCUUACUCGAUGUCAAAUGAGAAAAAAAGUUUUUUUUCUCCCCCUACCCCCAAAAAGACAAGAAAAGAAAUGCUCCCCCCCCCCCUGAGAUUUUUAUAUUUCUCAUAAGUUUACCAUAUUUUUCUUCCCCUGAAGCGCACUUGAAAUCCUUCAAAAUGGCCAUUGCGGCUUACGGAUGGAAGUCGACUUUUACAAGUUCAUGAUUUGGAAUUCAAAUUCCAUCCCUGUUAUGUUUGUAUUCUCAUUCUCAUUCUCAUGCGCAUCUAAUGAGAGCAGGCGUCCGCCUUUUCGGCAGACCAGAAUGAGAACUACUUCCUGCUUCAGUGUCUAAGAAUCAUGGAAAAUGUAGUUCUGCUAGCGUCACGCGACGGUCACGGUCAGACCGAAUGCAGGCUGAGAGAGAAGUUCCGGUAGCGCGUUUUCCACCGCGCGAGGUGAACGACACAAGCAACUUCCGGCGCUACGAGAUGUUUCUUGUGCGGUCUGAACCUCUCAUAAAAGCGCUAAAUCUAUCAAAUAAACCUGUGGUGCAAUUAGAAUCAAGUCUUCGACAAACAAUGCUUCACAAAGAUAACCCGGACGCGCCUUAUGUAUGAAAAUGUAUUCAUACAGACCCAUUCAUUGAUACUGUGCCUACAAAUACGGUGCGCCUAAUGGUACAAAAAAUACGGUAUGGACCCCCCCAAUCCCGUUUUUGUUUGUCGAAAGAAAAUCUGACGUGUGUAAGAUUUAGCGUUUAAAAAACAUAAUAAAGACUUGUAUCAGGAAACUGUUAUUCUUGUUUAGAUUACAGUUCAUUUUCCCGCCCCCAAAAUACCAAACUUUUGUUUCCUUCAGAAUGACUUCGUUGAACAUUCAGCGUUUUUUUUUUUCCUUUUAGUGACUUUAUUCUCCUAAGAGUGCAACUUUAUGUUUUGAGAAAAUUCAAUUUUAUUUCCCCCCCAGAAAAAAAGCCUUUAGCAUAAUGUUAGCACGUUUUCUAAAAAACAUUGUUUGGUUUCCGUGGUAUAAGUUUUCUUUUUCGGGUGUUUCCAGUCCUCCUUCGCAGUUUUUGCUCUGAAGAAAAGGACAUUUGCUGUGCCACCAACAUUCUCAAAAGUUCAAAUCCAAUGCGUUGACUUGGAUUGACUUGUUUUGUACAAUCCAAAGACGAUGUUGUUUACAAGCUGCUAUUUUGAAUAGAGUGUACUCGUGACGAGCAUUUCCUCUCUACCGUCUUCUAUUGGGAAAAGACUUUUCUAUUCUGUUACCUUUUGUGCCUGUCUAUAUUAGAUAACAUAUCACUGUAUAUCAGUGGCAGUACGUUAUGAUGACUGUGCCUAUUUUUUGUUUUGCAAGCUUUUUAAAUUAGAUUUUUUUUUUAAAGUGCAAAUGGACCGAAGUAUGAUUGGAGGCUGUUUUAUGCCAAUAAAGGAUAACAAAGUGCCAAAUGUAUGUUUGUUUUUGGUUUUCCUUCAAUGUAACCCAACCAUCUACGCCAUUGGUGUCAAAUUCAAGGCUCCGGGGCCAGAGCCGGCCCGCCAGGUCAUAUUAUGUGGCCCACGAAAGCAAAUCACAUGUGUCAAAUUGCUAAAAUCUGUACCGAAAUGUCAAAUAACGUUGAGAUUUGUGCAAUAAUUUUGUUAACCCUAUUUCCACUCAUUUGAACAGUAAUUAUUUUCGUCAUUCAUUAUAUUAAACAAUUAUAAUCGACUUGA